GAAUAGAAGGAGAAAUGGCAAGUGAAGUAGUUGGGAAUGUAAAGUGCUGAAUUGUUAAUGGCGAGAGGAGAAGCCAUUGUGUGUGUGAGUGAGGGGGAGUGUGAAUGCAGGCUGCUGUGCGGGACUCUUAGGGCCCCUCGCCUGUAGCUUGUGUAGCAGAUUGCUAGUAAGUUAGUGGAGGGCCCGGGAAGUGUAUGAAGGAAAUGAGAAGAUAGACAUAAAGCGUGGGAGAAGCUUGCCGCUGCACAACAUACGGUACAGAGUUCAGUGCGCACAGUUUGAAUGAACGCAGCCAUUGUAGGUGGGUUAUAGAAGGGCAGCAGGAUGAAGCAGCCAACCGAGCACCGCGGCCUCGCCAAACUCGCUGUCGUGCAACAUCUGCGCUCAUGUGGCAUCAAAAUCAAGAACUGGAACAGCAAGCAGCGUCCUGAGCUUGGCAAAGCGACUGCCCAGGUCCUGCUCAGUGGAAAAGUCUUUGGUACACCCCUACAUUCCUUACCUUAUCAGUACUUGCCAGAGUAUGGAAAUGUACCAGUGAUCUUAGUUAUUGUUUGUAAAUCUUUGGAGAAGCAUUUAAACACUGAAGGGCUUUUUAGGAAGUCUGGCUCUGUCGCGCGACAGAAACUACUAAAGACUAAAAUAGACAAUGGAGAAAAUUGUCUGACCACUGCACUUCCCUGUGAUGUUGCUGGCAUCCUUAAGCAGUUCUUCAGAGAGCUACCUGAGCCUGUACUGCCUACAGAUCUCCAAGAUGCAUUUUACAAAGCCCAACAUUUAAGCACUGACUCUGAAAGGAUAUCUGCAACAAUGCUUCUUACCUGCCUCAUACCAGAAAGAACUGUUCAAAUAUUACAAUACUUUUUUAGCUUUUUGCAUGCUGUGGCUUUGAGAUCUGAUGCAAACAAGAUGAACAGCAACAACCUGGCAGUAAUAUUUGCUCCUAAUCUCUUGCAUUCAAAUGAUGAUGGAGAGAAGAUUUCUCCAAGUACAGAGAAGAAGCUGCGUGUACAAGCUGCAGUAGUACGAACGCUAAUUGACCAGGCAGCAGAUAUUGGCUGUGUGCCUGAUUUUAUCACGGAAAAGAUCCCAGGAAUGCUGGGUGUCGACUUGGUUACUGACACACCUUUGCCAGAGGGAUCUGAAGAAGGUGAUGAAGUAUCUCCAGGAGAAAGGAAAAGGAGAAGGCGUCGAAGUAUGGGUGUUUUGAGUUCAAUGGUGACACCAUUAAUUCUAACACCAAACUCCAAGAGAAAGCUUCCUGUAGAGUCUGUGCAAGGAAUUUCUAAUAAAAAGAGGAAAUCAAUGAAACAUAACCUGAAUUUUGAGUUGUUACCAAGCAGCUUAUUUGGUGGUGGAUCUACUCCAGCCUCAGCUUUGUAUGAUGGAAGCCCCCACCUUUCCUUGGAUAAUUCACAAAGUUCUUUUUCCCCCUCUGUCGGCACUACCAAGCACCUUUCCAGCACAGGCAACCUGAGGAGAAGCAAGAGAUAUGAGAAUAGAAAAGUUCAAAGAGUGGACUCGGGUAAAACAGGUUGCUUUUCUCCCAAGAUAAGCCGAACAGAGAUGGUGCGCAGAUCGCUUCGUCUUAGAUUCAGUUUGGGCAAAAGCAGCAAAGAUAGUGCAACAACCCGUUCCCAAAACAUUGGCUGGCGACUUGCAAACUCACAAGAACUCAACUUGUCUGGAAAUGACAAAUUGGAUGCGCCUCCUUUCCUUGCUAAAAGCCCAUUUGUAAGUUCAGGCUCGAAGAAAAUAAGUAAAUCCGAAGAAAAUCUGUUAACACCAAAAUCACCACAGGAGUCAAGAAUGUCAUGGACAGGAUCCCAGCCUUUCGUGUCAAAUGGGAUAAGUGGCGAGGGAACUCCACUGACUGGUUAUUUUGGUGCUUCAAACUGCUACUCUGAGCCUUUUCUUGUAAGUGGAAAGCCACCAGCAAUGCCUGUAGUUCCGCAAACUCUCAUUAACAAUUACAGGAAAGACACAGAUGUAAAAGAUGAGUCUUUAAAUGAAGAAGACCAACACCAUGCUGGGAACACAGCACUUAGAAUUACAAAGGCAUUUACAGAGUCUGGCAGUGAUCUCCGCUUACUUGUUGGCCUUGGAGAACCUCCAGAAAAAGAAGUCUUACCAGAUGAUUCUCAUAUCUCUGGACUGCUAAUGGGGACAAAGGAACUUAAAGGCACUGAUAAAGAUGAAGACCAUUACAGUGAUGGUGAGCUUACCUGUGUGCCUAAACAAGAUACAGUUUUAGUACAGAAUGAGAAUGCUGCUUUGGAAAGAAAAGUGAUUGGUAGUCCACUAAAAGAUAUGGGUGGAAACAGUUUGGCAGAAGAACAGCUUGAGAGUUUAUUAAUCACUGAGGAGGGAGAUACUGUAAAGCAGAAUUUCAGUGAAGACAAAUUAUGUGAAAGUUAUUGCAAAACAACAUAUGAAUUUUGCAGAUCUACCAGUGAGUCUGCUUCCUGCCUAACUGUUGAAAAUGCAGAUUCAGCUGAGAUGUCUUCAGUGUUGCCACCUUCGUCAAGUGAAAUCAUUCAGCUUUCUGAGCAGGACCAGAAAAUAGAGGGCUUCUCUGAAGCACGCCCCACUGUCUUAACAGCACGUAAACCUAGCAGGGUAUCAGAACACAUACAACACUUUAAUAAGCUCUGUUUAAAUGACCACAGUGUCACGCAGAAGCAAAAGUCACCUCUGAAAUUUCAACGUCCCCCAGUGCGUCAGUCUGUCAGGCGCAUAAACUCACUCUCUGAUAUGAAGAGACAAGCAAACUGUGCCAUUACCACACCAAAUAUGGGCUCCCCAAUGGUGAAAUCUAUUAGCUAUGAUGGCUCUUUGUCUUCAGAGCACUCACUGACUGAUCCCAAAAUUUCAUUUAUUUCUGCAAUGGGUCAAGAAGCCCAUGGACCUCAAGCUGGUUCUUUUAUUCCUGAAGAGAAAACCUGGUUUUCCAACCAGUCCCUGAAGAAUGUCCCAUGCACGGUUAAGUCUGUGUUAGAAGAUGUAACCAAUCAGGGUAUUCCCAGACUACCAUGCAAGAAGGCUACACCAAAUAAAACUGCCCUACGAGCACUGUCUGGAAGGGACUGCAGCCAUUACAGAGGCUCGCCAAGAAAUCCAAUUGCAAAAGUAAGCUUUCUGCCAUCUUCAAAGCCUUGGGACUUAUGAAGAGAUUCAAGUUUUAAGUGAACCACAAUCUUACCUCCCAAUUUCCCGUAUUCUUUUGAUGGAAAAGUGGGUUCAGUUUGCACGCAUGUUGCAAGCAAAGUCUUUAAAAAAUGCUGUACUGUUAAAUUAUUGACCUCCUUCAUCCUUGAAGCACCUUGUACAUCUACAGUUUAUAAUAGACACUGUCUGGAAGCUGGAGACAGGAGAUAAUGGUUCUUUUAUUUUCUUUCAUGCAUUGACAAUUAAGUGCUUGCAACACAAUGGAACAGAGCUGAAGAUCCUUUUACUGACAUUUCCAGCUUUUUUUCCCCUUUAUUAAUCAUCUAGGUGACUUGUUAAUAUAUGACCAGACCAUCUGUCUUAACUGUUGGAGCAGAAGAAAAUUUGCUGCAAUGUUUUUUUUUUCCAUUUUAUUUUUUCCAUUAAACCUUUUAAGACCUAUUUUAAUAACAACUUUAA